CAGAGCUGAUGUGGAGCCUCCAGUUUCUGCACAUUUUUUUCUCGUUCUUUGUAACCUGUUAAUGUUUACUUGGACAGUAACUGGGCGAGCAUUUUUCUUUUCUUAUUUUAUUUCAUUUUUUCUUCUUUUGCUGGGGGAAGGCUGAUGGGGCACAUUUUUUUUGUCUCCCUGCAACUUCCAAACAUUUCCCAGCCAUUAUAUGUUAUUUCAUCCUUUGUUUUUCUCAGAGCAUGGCUGGUGUCCAAGACCGUCUCUCCUUCUACCAUCCCAGAGAGGCAUGAAGAGGCUCUGAUUAGGUCUCGUCACUUGUAAGGACGCAGAGGAAGACUAUUUGGCGCAACCUUGAAGGGCGCGCGCACUGCCCGGAGCAGGAACCCGCAGGCAGCGAUGGAAAACAUUUCCAACGAGGGGGACAUGUGGCAGCUCAACGAGUCCUGGAGGAACUCGAGCCUCCUGAACGGGACCUCCGGGGUCUGGAACCAGACGAACCCCCUGAAGCGGAACGAGGAGGUGGCGAAGGUAGAGGUGACGGUGCUGGCGCUGGUGCUGUUCCUGGCGCUGGCCGGGAACCUGUGCGUCCUGCUGGCUAUCCACACCACCAAGCACAGCCAGUCCCGCAUGUAUUACUUUAUGAAGCACCUGAGCAUCGCCGACCUGGUCGUGGCCAUCUUUCAAGUUCUCCCCCAACUCAUCUGGGACAUCACGUUCCGCUUCUACGGGCCGGACAUCCUGUGCAGGUUGGUGAAGUACCUGCAGGUCGUCGGGAUGUUCGCCUCCACCUACAUGUUAGUCUUAAUGUCCGUGGACAGAUGCUUGGCCAUUUGCCAACCUCUGCGCUCCCUGCACAGAGGCAAAGAUCGCUUUUAUGUGGUCUUCUCCUGGAUUCUGAGUCUGCUCUUCAGCGUCCCGCAGAUGUUUAUCUUUUCCCUCAGAGAGGUGGGCUCGGCCGGGUCAGGUGUGUAUGACUGCUGGGGCGACUUUGUGAAACCCUGGGGCGCCAAAGCCUACAUCACCUGGAUCAGCCUCACCAUCUACAUCAUCCCCGUGGCCAUUCUGAGCAUCUGCUACGGGCUGAUCAGCUUCAAGAUCUGGCAAAACUUCAAACUGAAAACCAGACGCGAGCAGUGCAUCAGCCUGACGCCCAGAACGUGCAAAAGCAACACGUUGGCCCGCGUGAGCAGCGUCAAGCUCAUCUCCAAGGCCAAGAUCACCACGGUGAAGAUGACAUUUGUCAUCGUCGUGGCUUACAUCGUGUGCUGGACCCCCUUCUUCUCAGUCCAGAUGUGGUCUGCGUGGGAUCCAGCUGCGCCGCGUGAGGCCAUGCCCUUCAUCAUCUCCAUGCUGCUGGCGAGCCUCAACAGCUGCUGCAACCCCUGGAUCUACAUGUGCUUUGCGGGGCAUCUCUUCCACGACCUGAGGCAGAACUUUCUGUGCUGCUCGGCCCGCUACCUCAAGUCGUCCCAGUGCCGCUGCGAGCGCGACUUCGACUCCAGCCACAAGAGCAACUCCUCCACCUUCGCCAUCAAGAGCACCAGCAGUCAGAGGAGCAUCACACAGACGUCCAGCACAUAAGCCCCCGCCCCGCCCCACCCCCCAAACAAACACACACCCCACCACCUUCCAUUAAGCUGCCCACUCAGCCUCUCAGAUACAUGCUGUCGCCCAUAAAAUUUCCAGCAGUUCGAUUUCUUCAAAUACCCCUCGCUGCUAGUCUCGCUGUUAAAGCCCAGAAGUGGGGGAAGAAACAUCCAAGUGUUUUUAUUUCAGCAAAGAUUGAAAACUGAACUGUGAAGGUAAAAAACAAAAACAACAAUCAUUGCUGAGGUAAUCAUGGACUGACACGAGUACCUAAGUGACAAGAAAAAGUUGUAUUGUUUAAUAUUUUUUUUAAUGCAAAUAUACAUUUUGUCUUGGUCGUGCAUAAAAAAGGUAAAUAGAGAAAAUAUUCUGUUGCACUGUUUUUAUUUUUGUUCACAGCAAACCCAACAGAUCCACUGGUCUCCCGUUAGGAUGAAUUUGUUCUACUGUCAUGAACCCAGCAUUGGCUUUGUUACAUAUUUGCACACAUGUAAACUGUUACUUCAGCUUGUGUUAGACGUGAAAUGUCAUGCCUUUCACUAAAGAUUUGACAAGUUGUUAAAUAAAAACAAAUAAAAACUGUAAGUAGCAGCAGAUGCUGGUCUUCUUCUUUCUCUCUGUUUUUGUCUCCUGAGCAGGAUGAUGUUUACAGAAAUUUGGGGGGUUUAUUUCAGUUUAAAUCAUUCUGUUCAGCCUUUCAAAACUGCUGCAGCUCCAUCUGUGAGGGUGUUUCAGGAUGUGUGUGGCAACAUUUCUGUGACAAUAAAGGUAAAACUGUCUAUGAGCAGGACUGUUUAAUCAGGCGUCAGAACCACCUGCCAAAUACUGCAGUGUACUGAUUGUUCCUGGGGKGGGGGGGGGGUGGGGGGGGRAAGAGAGAGAGAGAAUAAUAAAUGWCUUCCAGUAGAAUACUUUUACAUUUGUGGUGUUCAGACUGUGAUUUCAGUUCCAUUUUACAUUUUAAUUUCCCUUCUUCAGCUUCAAGGCUUCUUUCUGCUCAGUUAUUUAGCUCACCCUGAAGUUUUGUCCUUCUGCAGCACAAAAUACUGAACUUAUGAUCAGCAAAUUCAAGCAGGUCAGUAAUUUGCACAACCUUUUAUUAUUUAUUUAAUAAUUAUUCACACAAGGCUCCUAAAUGUUUGGAGACUCCUUGAAAUCAGUUUGAAUGUGUGAUUUAUUUUUAUCAGGGUUCAUAUCAGCGGGAUGUUUUUGGGGAAGGUUUUUUCCAUAGUCUGGCAGAUUUUCAGUGGAGCUCAGAGGUAAUUAUCUCCUGGAAUUUUGUAAUUUUUUAAUAUCAUGGCUCGAUGAGUCCUCAAGAAGUUUUAUUCAAAGAGUGCRAGGCUUGUUUUGAUGUUUGUGUGGAUUUUGUUGGUGAGGAGGCGAGAUGUUUACUUUUCUCUUCUUCUGACUGCUCGUGCAUAAAGGUCACAUUGUGCAGAAACAGAACACCAUCACACCUUCUUUUGCACACAAGCAGAAGUUUUUCAUAGCAUUUUUAUAAGUUAAAGCAUCUGAAAUUAAAUGAUUAAUGAGUUUUUGCUCAGUCACACAAGUGUCCACUCAGAUACUGCUUUAUAAUAAUAAAAAGUUUGUCCUUUUUUUAUUUUUUUAAUUGUUCUUAAAUUUUAGUAAUUUGCUUAUACAGACUGAAAAUGUAAAAACACAAGUUGUAUGUUCUUUAAAAGCUUUUGAACAUUUUCAUUUAUUUACAGUAUAUUUUAGUGAGCUCUGACCACAGAUGAUGUUUCUGAACAACACAGUUUUAAUUGAAUGCAAAGCAUGUUAACAAAGUGUCUUUUUCUAAGCAGCAGCUAAACUCAGUUUGUAUUUUCCAACACUUGUGAAGAAAGAAAAGACAAGAAAGCAGCCAGAACAGAACGCGACAAGGUUACAAAAAAAAAAAAGGUUGCUGAUGGCACUGAACCAUCAGUGAUGAGUCUGAGACACACAACAGCAUCCUGUAGUGGGUCACAGCUCACUGGUCAGUGCAGCUUAGCCCUUUCAAAAUAAGACUGACUUUUAUUUAAAAUGAUAUCCAAAGGUUCUGGAAAGUCUUCAGGUGAAAAC